UCUGUGUGCAUAUUUUUAAUUGGCAAAAAAAAUCACUUGUAAUACAUCGCAUGAAAAGUUGAGUGGUUUAAUAGGACACGUCUAUAAAAUGAUACAAGCAGUACGUGUAAAUAACUUGACAGUUUGUAGGAGUCUUCUUUGGCCGUUUUACAACAGAAAUCCGUAAAUAUAUAUUUUUAAUAAAAGUCUUCCUUACACACCAUCAGCCCACAUGUAAGUUUGGCUGGUACUGCAGCGAGCGCCUUACGUGGCUGGAGAAGGGAAUGUUCGGCGAGCCAGGAGAAGGGUAAUUCCCUAUGAAAAGAUCGGCAAUUCUGCACGGAAAGGCGCUUGAAGAUUCACCUCGCCCUGCGCGUGACAGCUGUCCAAAAGCACAUUGCGAGUUGGAGACGCGCGCCUGCACUUCGGGCUCCUUGUGUUGCCCCCUGAACUCUAACCCCUGCUGCUGCUUUCGUCCACGUGUGCUUCUGGAGUUGUAAAGUGAGUUCUGAGAAUAAAGCAGUGCGGAAAGCCCAUCCUCAUCUCCGGGAGCAGUCUUCUCGGGGACCGGGGACCGAGGGGCACCCCGGUGAAGGACGCCUUGGACUGGUGGGCACGCCGCUAGCCCCGGGCCUCUGUCUUUAGCUUCUUCACCUCGCUCCCCUUCGAAGUUGCUGAGGUGCUGGGAAGAGGAGGGGCCUCGCCUCGGGCGCCCGAGUGAUUGGCUGUCCGGCGCCCCUGGUUAGGGCUGUGUGGUCCAGCCCGGUGAAAGGGGGCGGAGCGGCCACUGCUCCAACCACCGCCGCCACCACCACACUCGCAGCCGCCGCAGCAUCGGCAGCUGGGCAAGUCGCCGUUAGCCGUGGUUUUCCCGGUGCUCCGACGCGGACGGGGGGCGCCGCACUCUGCUCUCUCUGCGCCAGAGCCAUGCGCUACAGCUGCGCGUAACCAACGCUUCCCUGCCGCCACCGACGCCAACCUGUACACCAUUAGUCCUCGGACCGGGCUUUCCGUGCGCGCGACUGCCUCGGUCCCUGCCGAACCCUCGCCACCAUGCCCCGGGCAACCGCGCUCGGGGUCUCCGUACCACUGCUGCUACUGCUGCUGCUGUUGCUGCGCCGGGCUGUGGGGUUCGGGGAGCACCCGGAUGCCGUCUUGGACUACUCGGCCCUGGAAGGCGAAGACGGCGCGGAGCAGCAGCUGGGGCAUUACCACGACCCGUGCAAAGCCGCUGUCUUCUGGGGGGACAUUGCCUUAGAUGAGGAUGAUCUGAAGUUGUUUCACAUUGACAAGGCCAGAGAAUGGACCAAGCAGUCGGUGGAGGAAACGGGACACAGCACAGGUGGGCUUGCCGAGCAACCAUCAUCGUCGGAGAGCUGGCCAAACAGCACAGCCACCAACAACAGCAGGGAGGAUUCCAGAAAGGGUGACAAAGAGAAUGCCACGCCUCCACACAGCACCGGGACAGCACAAGCCACAGCCAAGACCUCCUCUGCUCGGGUCCGAAGGGCCACGACAUCCAGGACAGAGAGGAUCUGGCCCGGAGGUGUCAUCCCCUACGUCAUUGGCGGGAACUUUACUGGCAGCCAGCGGGCCAUCUUUAAGCAGGCCAUGAGACACUGGGAGAAGCACACCUGCGUGACCUUCAUAGAACGCACUGACGAGGAAAGCUUUAUUGUGUUCAGUUACCGAGCCUGUGGCUGCUGCUCCUAUGUUGGGCGCCGGGGAGGAGGCCCACAGGCCAUUUCCAUUGGGAAGAACUGUGACAAGUUUGGCAUUGUGGCUCAUGAGCUGGGCCACGUGGUUGGGUUCUGGCAUGAACACACUCGCCCAGACAGAGACCAACAUGUCACCAUCAUCAGAGAAAACAUCCUGCCAGGUCAGGAAUACAAUUUCUUGAAAAUGGAAGCUGGGGAAGUGAGCUCCCUGGGGGAAACCUACGACUUCGACAGCAUCAUGCACUACGCCCGGAACACCUUCUCCAGGGGAGUUUUCUUAGAUACCAUCCUUCCCCGUCGAGAUGACCAUGGUGUCAGGCCCACCAUUGGCCAGCGCGUGCGGCUCAGCCAAGGAGACAUAGCCCAAGCCAGGAAACUGUACAAAUGCCCAGCUUGUGGGGAGACCCUGCAGGACACAACCGGAAACUUCUCCGCUCCUGGGUUUCCAAAUGGCUACCCUUCUUAUUCCCACUGUGUGUGGAGGAUCUCUGUCACCCCUGGGGAGAAGAUCGUCCUCAACUUCACGUCCAUGGACUUGUUCAAAAGCCGCCUAUGCUGGUACGACUACGUGGAGGUCCGUGAUGGGUACUGGAGAAAAGCACCCCUCCUGGGUCGGUUUUGCGGUGACCAGGUGCCCGAGCCUCUCCUGUCCACGGACAGCCGGCUCUGGGUGGAGUUCCGCAGCAGCAGCAACAUCCUGGGCAGGGGCUUCUCUGCCGUGUAUGAAGCUACCUGUGGAGGAGACAUCCACAAAGAUGCCGGCCAGAUCCAAUCUCCCAACUACCCCGAUGACUACAGACCUUCCAAGGAAUGUGUGUGGCGAAUCACUGUCUCCGAGGGCUUCCACGUGGGGCUCACCUUCCAAGCCUUCGAGAUUGAAAGGCAUGACAGCUGCGCCUACGACUACCUGGAGAUCCGUGACGGCCCCACGGCAGAGAGCGCGCUCCUCGGCCACCUGUGCGGCUAUGAGAAGCCAGAGGACGUCAAGUCCAGCUCCCACCGCCUGUGGAUGAAGUUUGUGUCUGAUGGCUCCAUCAAUAAAGCAGGCUUUGCGGCCAGUUUUUUUAAGGAGGUGGAUGAGUGUUCCUGGCCAGACCACGGUGGGUGUGAGCAUCGCUGUGUCAACACACUGGGGAGCUACAAGUGCACCUGCGACCCUGGCUAUGAGCUGGCCACCGACAAGAAGACAUGCGAAGUGGCCUGUGGCGGCUUCAUCACCAAGUUGAAUGGAACCAUCACCAGCCCCGGAUGGCCGAAGGAGUACCCCACAAACAAGAACUGUGUGUGGCAGGUGGUGGCCCCGGCUCAGUACCGGAUCUCCCUGCAGUUCGAGGUGUUUGAACUGGAAGGCAAUGAUGUGUGCAAGUAUGAUUUUGUGGAGGUGCGCAGCGGCCUGUCCCCCGACGCCAGGCUGCACGGCAAGUUCUGCGGCGGGGAGACGCCCGAGGUCAUCACCUCGCAGGGCAACAACAUGCGUGUGGAGUUCAAGUCCGACAACACAGUCUGCAAACGCGGCUUCCGGGCCCACUUUUUCUCAGACAAGGACGAGUGUGCCCAGGACAACGGCGGCUGCCAGCACGAGUGUGUGAACACGUUCGGCAGCUACCUGUGCCGGUGCAGGAACGGCUACCGGCUGCAUGACGGCCACGACUGCAAGGAGGCUGGCUGUGCACACAAGAUCAGCGGUGCCGAGGGAACCCUGGUGAGCCCUAACUGGCCUGACAAGUACCCCAGCCGCAAAGAGUGCACCUGGAACAUCUCAUCCACUGCUGGCCACAGGGUGAAGCUUACGUUCAACACGUUUGAGAUUGAACAACACCAGGAGUGUGCCUACGACCACCUGGACGUGUAUGACGGCCCCGACAGCCUGGCCCCCCUCCUCGGCCGCUUCUGUGGCAGCAAGAAGCCAGCGCCCGUGGUGGCCUCGGGCAGCAGCCUGUUCCUGGGCUUUUACUCCGAUGCCUCGGUGCAGAGGACAGGCUUCCAGGCAGUGCACAGCACAGAGUGUGGGGGCAGGCUGAAGGCCGACGUACAGACCAAAGAGCUCUAUUCCCAUGCCCAGUUUGGGGACAACAACUACCCGAGCCAGGCCCGCUGCGACUGGGUGAUUGUGGCAGAGGAUGGCUACGGUGUAGAGCUCGUGUUCCAGACCUUCGAGGUGGAGGAGGAGGCCGACUGCAGCUACGACUACAUGGAGGCCUACGACGGCUACGACAGCUCUGCGCCCCGGCUGGGCCGCUUCUGCGGCUCCGGGCCGCUGGAAGAGAUCUACUCCGCAGGGGACUCCCUGAUGAUCCGGUUCCACACAGACGACACCAUUAGCAAGAAGGGUUUCCAUGGCCGCUACACCAGCACCAAGUUCCAGGACGCCCUGCACAUGAGGAAAUGAUGCCCAGGUGCCAGAAAGACAGAACUGGGGGUGUGGCUUUUGUGUUUGGUUUUUGCUUUGUUUUGUUUUACAAAAAAAAAUUUUUUGCACCUUGAGAGUCAGCCCUAAAACCAUAGAUGAUA